AUAGCAGUGCGCUUGCGGCAGCUUGACAAAGAACUGUCUAGAGGAAGCGGAUAAAUCGUGAAAAAACAUGCAAAAAUUGUUGAUCUUAGCCUGCCUAUUGGGCACUGUUGCUUGGGCCACUGAAGUUUACUACACGCCCGCUGCUACUGCCGCUGCAGCUUAUUAUGCACCGCUCCCCAUAGCAGUGCCUGCAGCACGCAGUGCUGCCAUUGUGCCAUUGGCCUACUCACGCAUCCAGGCAGCUAUGCCACUGCCAGCUGUAGAAACUUACAACAGCGUGCAGACACCGGAUUCUUUCCAGCAACAAUAUCGUUCCGACUACAAACCGGUCACCUAUGAAUUUAUACAUUGAUUAGCAGAAAACACUUGAACGAAAACUCCAAAGGAUGUCGUGUAAAUUUACGUAAAUGCAUAAAGCCAAGUGAAAUAAAA